AUUGACUCACCUUCUCCUCCUUGUUCCCCUGAAGUUGAACCUCAAGUGGAUUUUGACGAUGAUACUUCCACACCUUUCUUGUCCAGUUUAGGCCCAGUUGAUCCGGCCGUUCUAUAUUCCAUCGAGUCUACUCUACCGGUCAUGGCAGAUAGUCAACCAGUGUUUGUGGGAGGAUCGGAUCUGAGUACCACUCCAAUCUCAGUUGGUUCUGUCUGUUCGACACCUGCACCUGCGAAAUCAUUGUCAUCAUCUGAUCCACUAACAGCCUUGUGUCCCACCACUACAGCUACCAAUGGCUCAAUAAUGGAACGCACACUUACAGAUUCUACCCAAGUUCCUCCCACGCAAGGUGGUAAUGCAACUAGCCCCAUGAUCACCAAUUCCUCCGUUGCGCACACAACAGCAACUGUUGUGAGUACUCCAGACAACCCAGAAACUCCUUCCCGACCUGAUCCACCGAAAGAGCACCGGAAAACUUCGGCAAUCAUAGGAUCGUCUAGAGCUUCUGAGCUCACCACCGAUCAUUUGACAUCAGUGCUUGUUGAAGCUCCCGUACAAGAAACCAAGCCCACUCCGGGCAAGAUGGAACCGUUGUUCGUCUUGGAUGAAAAUAUUCAAGAGACUGCUUGUUCCACUUUCGGGCCUGAAACAACCAAGUCCAGUGUACAAGGGAACGAAUGUAAAGAUGUUCCGGAAAGUACAUGCAUCCUUGAGACUACAAGUGACCAGUGCCUCAGUGCUCAUGCAUCUCCGAGCAAACUAGACAGUGACGAGGAGACUAAAGUUCAACCAAAAUUGGAAUCACCAAAGCCCGGUUGGACAGGUGAAAUUCAACCUAGCAGUCCUCAACCGAUCAGAAUAAAACCAGAAUCAGAUCGACCAGAGAUCAGCAGUGAAUCGAUUGGAGCAUUUAGAUCGGAGAAUGAUGCCGAGGAGAAUGUGGAAUCAAGUGAUGAGGUCAUUGAAAAUGUUAGUGAUAUCCGCAGUGAUCAAACUGUGAUCACCACCACUUUAUCUGCGAGCAAGACGAAAUUUUUCGAGCAAUCAUUGGAUUGCAAAGCGCAUAUCGUAGGUACCUCCACAACAGAAGAACACAAAAGUUGUAAUUAUACGGAAAUUCAAAAUAAUCGCAGGGAAGUACCCUCAUCAUUUCGACAGACCACAGAAGACUUGGAUCCUGGUACCCCUCAACCUGUGUCGGAUGGCGUUGCACAAAAAAUGUCAGCUUCUUCUGACUCUCUAACAAAUGCAAAUGUUCUACCAUCCAGUACUCAUCUAGUUGAUUCAGAAAUGGAGCCUGAAGAUAGCUCGUCGGUUGCAGAAGUAUUUCAGGAAUGCACUACAAAGGUGGAAGAGCGAUCAGUGUUCACGGAACCUUUGGUGUACUCGGAAGAGGCGGCCGUGGAGUCAGUUACUUCGAUUUCAACCGUAGAUGUAUAUAGUGUACAAAUCACAUCGGUUGUUCCCACACAUGUAACACGUGCGGCUGAGUUCGCUCCACCUGUGUUGUUUUCGCGUGACCAUCUCGUGGAGGAAUCUUCGGAGGUGUCACAUGUAGAGUCCUGUUCCAUCGAAACAUUCAUCACAGAUCCUGUGUUGCCCUAUCAUUGUGUCCAGUCAGAGUCAUCCGUAAUUUGUCCUCCAUCCUAUCCUAUCGCUUGUCCCAAUGCACCGAGUAGCCCGAUCGUAGAUCAUGGAUCCACUCUUGAGGAAAAAAUAAAAGUUGAGUCGUUAUCUCCACCUGAAGGUUCAGCCCUUUGCCCUAUUAAUGCGGUAACGCAGAUAGAAGACGAUGAAUUCACUUUGUGGCACUGUCCGCCUGCACCUGUGCCAAAUAUAAGUUCAGUAACG